GCUCUCUGUCACACGUCUCUGCAUCUCUCUCUCUCUCUCUCUCUCUCUCUCUCUCUCUCUCUCUCUCUCUACCACCUUUGCAAGGACCAAAGUUAUUCAAAGAGCUGAGGACAAGGCAUUUCUGAUGAGCUUUUAUCUCUGCCAGUCAGAACCCUCUUUACGAGGGACCGGUCUUGGUGCAUAGUGCUCUUUAACCCUCAGAACAAUGGACACAUUUUUCCGCCGUCAUUUCCGGGGAAAAUGCCGCCAGGCAAUCAGACGGCGGCACACCAGCGUGGCAGUGCCAGCGAGUAAAGUGCGGCGGCGUUCAAGCGCCGGUCUGCCUUCUACAGAUCUCAUGCAGAGACGUAGGUCCAGUGUCCAACUUCAGGCAAAUGCUGUGAUCCAUAAGAGUAGUGCUGCUACACAAAAAAAUGCAAUCACGCAGAAACAUUGCUGUAUUCCUGCUCAGCUGCUUGGCCCAUCUCUUUUACUUGCCAGCGUCAUCCAAAUGAGUGAAAAGAAGGAAAUAGAAGAAGGAGGUGAGGGAGGACAGUCCACUGCUUCAGACUCGCAAAGCAACAGCAGCUGGGAGGAUCCCGAAGAAACGGAGGUCGAACCUUGUGCUUCGUGGUUAACUCAGAGUAUGUUAAUAGCAGAGAGAAUUCAGCCCCGCCCCUUCAUCCGUACACCACGGUGUUUACGCCGAAACUCCUCUCACUUGCUUCCAGCCGAGGCCGUGUAUCACGGCCUCGGGUACUACGGGCUGUAUGGACGUUACCGGAGAAACAGCCAGGCAUGGAGAUCGGCAGAUGUGGGGGUGGGGCAUGCAUGGGCAGGGAGGCGGAGCUCGGUGGCGGCUCAGGCUUACAGGAUGGGCUCCCCCUGGUGGCAGGGAAUGUACUACAAUCCAGAAUCGGACACAUGGAGUGCGUUCCUCUCGAAGGCCAUAGCUAAGUCGGGGCUACAGCACCUGCCGUCUCAGCCUAGCAGUUCACUACUGGCCAAGUGUGAUUCGGACAGAGAGAUACGCAGCACUGUGGACUGGAGCGAGUCAGCACUGUACGGCGAGCACAUCUGGUUCGAGACCAAUGUCUCUGGAGAUUUCUGUUACGUCGGAGAACAGUACUGCUACGCCAAGACACUGCAAAAAUCUGUUGCUCGAAAGAAAUGUGCUGCGUGCAAGAUUGUUGUUCACACCAUCUGCAUCGAGCAGCUGGAAAAGUUAUCUCACAGGAAGUCUUCACUUCAGGGGGAGUGGCUUGAUGAGCUGCCACACAAAGAUCCAUCUUUCAGAAUCAACUUCAGGUGUAAACCAUCGUUCAGGGAAUCGGGCUCUCGGAACAUCCGGGAACCUACUAUAGUGCGACAUCACUGGGUCCAUCGACGGCGGCAAGAGGGGAAGUGCAAGCAGUGUGGAAAGGGAUUUCAGCAGAAGUUUGCUUUCCACAGUAAAGAGAUUGUGGCCAUUAGUUGCUCUUGGUGUAAACAAGCUUAUCACAACAAGGUGACCUGCUUCAUGCUGCAGCAGAUAGAAGAGUCGUGUUCGUUAGGAGCUCAUGCAGCCGUUAUAGUACCUCCUACAUGGAUAAUACGUGUCCGCAGACCUCAGUCCUCACUAAAGUCGAGCAAAAAGAAGAAACGAACAUCAUUCAAACGCAAAUCAAGCAAGAAGGGAGCAGAGGAGUCUCGAUGGAAGCCGUUCAUCGUGAGGCCCAUUCCUUCGCAGCUGAUGAAACCACUGCUGGUGUUUGUUAAUCCAAAGAGUGGAGGAAACCAGGGGGCCAAAAUAAUCCAGUCAUUUAUGUGGUAUUUAAAUCCACGCCAAGUCUUUGACCUGAGCCAAGGCGGACCUAAAGAAGGCUUGGAGAUGUACCGAAAAGUCCCCAACCUGCGUAUUCUGGCGUGUGGUGGUGAUGGCACGGUUGGCUGGAUCUUGUCUACUCUGGAUCAGCUGCAGCUGAACCCUCAGCCUGCUGUAGCUGUACUACCUCUGGGGACUGGAAAUGACCUUGCCAGAACCCUCAACUGGGGUGGGGGUUACACAGAUGAACCAGUGUGUAAGAUCCUCUCCCAUGUGGAGGACGGGAACAUUGUGCAACUUGACCGCUGGAACCUUGUUGUGGAGCCAAACACAGAGGCGGGACCAGAGGAGAAAGAUGAACAGGUGACAGACAAGCUUCCCCUAGAUGUUUUUAAUAACUAUUUCAGCCUGGGAUUUGAUGCUCACGUAACUCUGGAAUUUCAUGAGUCACGAGAGGCAAACCCAGAAAAAUUCAACAGCCGCUUCAGAAACAAGAUGUUCUAUGCCGGGACGGCCUUCUCAGAUUUCCUCAUGGGGAGUUCGAAAGAUUUGGCCAAACACAUUAAAGUGGUGUGUGAUGGUGUAGAUUUAACAUCUAAGGUUCAGGAGCUGAAGCUGCAGUGUUUGGUCUUCCUCAAUAUACCCAGAUACUGCGCUGGCACGAUGCCAUGGGGGAACCCAAGUGAGCAUCAUGACUUUGAGCCUCAGCGCCAUGAUGACGGUUGCAUCGAGGUCAUCGGUUUCACCAUGACAUCACUGGCAACGCUACAGGUUGGAGGUCACGGUGAGAGGCUUAAUCAGUGUCGUGAGGUGACCCUAACUACCUACAAAUCAAUCCCCAUGCAGGUGGACGGAGAGCCAUGCAAACUGGCUCCUUCCUCCAUCCACAUCUCGCUCAGAAACCAAGCCAACAUGGUGCAAAAAACCAAGAGGAGGACCUCUAUACCUCUGCUUAACGAUCAGCAACCGAUCCCAGAAAGGUUACGGAUCCGAGUGAACCGUAUCAGCAUGCAUGCCUAUGAAGAUCUUCAUUACCACAAAGACAAACUUAAAGAAGCUUCAAUCCCAAUGGGGAUCAUCGUCAUCCCUGGAGACAGUGACCUGGAAACUUGUCGUGUACAGAUUGAGAAACUGCAAGAGGACUUUGUGUCAUGUCACCCAUCUCUCCAGCGACUGAUGCUGCAGGAAGGUGAUGAGACCAAAUCCAAAACGCUGUCAUGUCAGAGAUUGUCACCAAAGUGGUGCUUUCUGGACUCAACCACAGCAGAUCGAUUCUACAGGAUCGAUCGAGCACAGGAACAUCUGCACUAUGUGACUGAGAUCUCUCAGGAUGAGCUGUUUAUUUUGGACCCCGAGCUGGUAGUCACUGAGAGUGUGAGCACGUCACCCGGCAUGCCUGACUUGGUAGACUCAUCUGCAGAGAUCUCUUCAGCUCAAAACAAAUUUGCCUUCCCAUCAACCUCCUCGUCUCCUCCUUCCUCCCCAAAACCCAGGAUUGCUGAGCUGCAGAAGGCAUCUCAGAGGAAGCGUGUGUCCAGUGACAGCUCUGUGGCCGAAGCUCUGGCACACAGCGACUCGCUUCGAACAGCCAAGCCAGCACUGUGCAGGGCAGGGGGUGUGCACCGCUCUAACACAACCGCAGCCGAUUUCAAUCAAGCUAACAGGUCAGAAAAGAAUGCUGUAAGCGUCAGUAGUCCAGUGUCAGCAGAUGUGCUUAUUGAGUGUGUGAAGAACAAAGACCAUCAGAAGCUAGAGGAGCUCCAUAAACAGGGAGCAGACCUGAGUGUGCAGGACUCAGCAGGUCGAACAUUACUCCACCAUGCAGUGGAUGUGGCCAGUAAAGACAUCGUCAGAUACAUCAUUGAUAACGCACCUGUUGAUAUACUGGAUGUGACAGAGACAGAAAACGGCGAGACGGUGUUGCACAAAGCUGCCUCAUUGUGUCAGAGGACAAUCUGUCACUACUUAGUGGAGGCUGGAGCUUCUCUUAUGAAGACAGAUUUACAGGGCGAUACCCCGAAGCACAGAGCAGAAAAAGCAAAGGACCCGGAGCUGGCAGCGUAUCUGGAGAAUCGGCAGCAUUAUCAGAUGAUCCAGCGCGAGGACCAGGAGACAGCAGUCUGACCUCUGACCUUUCACACACCUUCCCCUCUAGAGUCUGGAGCUGUCUACAUGUGCCAAACCAAUAAAGUAAAUAAGAAUGGACUAGCUCAUAAUAAAAGGCUCCUUUAUAUGGGGUGAAUACAUACUGUAACUCCUAACCGACUCUAGAGCUAAGAGACACAUGUACACACGCUAUGAAGAGAUCUGCAGGUUUACCGGCUUGACUAAAUUUACAUCCAUUUCACUGUCAUCAUGUAUCAGUGUGUCUGUGUCAGAAUGUAUGGAGAGGGCUGGGGUUUUCUUUGUUAAGGCAGUCACUAAUCUGUGUGGCUUUUAAAGAGCAACCAUUCAGAUUAAUACAGUUUGUGUAAAAGAGUUUGUUGAAUGUUGUCUCAAGAUGGUAUGAGACUGUGAAUCAAUGUCUGAUGUGAGCUCUGUGCAGCACUGAUCACACAACUCAAAAUUUCAAUUUUUAUGUUUUGUUAAGAAAAAUGCUAAUGUUAAUAAGGAGAAUAAGUUUAUUGCUUUGCAGGAUCUUACAUUUCAGAGAUUUACUGAUGUAUUUGUUUAUCCAAACUAAGGAGUGUUGAAAACUUAAAUUUUAGGAUGUGGGGUGCUGGCUUUCAGCUCUCACUGCACUGAAAACAUUUGGAACAUUUGGAGCCUUUGGAAGCUUUUUUCUGGCUUUGCUUCUUCGUUGUUUUAUUUUCUUCUCUUCUCUUCUGGAAAGGUUUCCUUCUAAUAACUUUUGGUACUGUAAGUGUAUCUUAUUAGGUUUCUGUCUGAGAAACCUUUGCACUGUAACUAUCAUUGCCUUCUUUAUUCCACUCAUGAAUUUCCUGAUUUAUAAUUGUUGUACUUAAGUUACAGUUCAUUUGUAAUACCCUUUUAAUAGUAAAUAGAUGUUUAUAUAAUUUAUCACUAUAACAUCUGACUUGUUUACUUGUCUUAUUAUAUUAUAAAAUACUGAAUAUUUACUUUAUUCUUUUUUUUCCGAAUGCAGAUCACUUGAUUUUGUUCCUAAUUUUCCGCUCUUUAGUUUUUCUGGAUGGUCUCACUGUAUGACAGAAUGUUAUCCUUCUAAUCAACGCUUUAUCUUAACGCACCAACAUGUAAUGAUGCUAUUUAUUUUCUAUAAUAGAUAUAGGUCUAAGUUAAAUUAGAUUUGAAACUAGAUAUUACUCAUUAAUGGAUUAAUAUUAAAAAAAAUAAUUCAAAUUUUCAAAGAGGGCACUUUCUUGUGUCCACUGUACAGUUCUAUCUUAUAUAUUUAUUUAUACAGAUGCCCACACACUCACACCCAAACCAACACACACACACAAAAGACCCAGAAAGGAGAUCUCUUAAAUAGAUCAUUUCAAUGGCCAUGUUACACAAACUAGUAUUUUUUCCAUUCAAGUAGAAAAAAAAACAUGCUUAUCCUACGUUAUGUAAUAACAGCUCACACACUUAAAUCUUCAACAAUGCAGCAGAUUUGACAUUAAACUUUUUUUAUAGAAGUUUCUAUAAAAUAACCUUUUUAUAGAAGCUUUCUUAAAUAAGUAUUGAUGAGGUUUGAUAUUUCCACAUUGACAGUUUGAUAAUAUAAUAUAAAAUGAACCUUUUCUAUUAAAAAAAAAUAUUAUACCACAGCACUCUUGAAUUCUCCAAUUCCUCAAAAGAUUUUGAUUACAUUUCUCUAACAGCAGAUCUGCAGUAGUUUGACUGCAUGGCAAAUCCCAGGUUUACACUAAAGCAGAACAAAAUUAAUUUUGCGUUUUUUGCCACAUGACUGAAAUCUAAUAAUAAACAGAUUUUAAAAAUGGA